AUGGCUCUCAAGCGAAUCAACAAGGAACUCUCAGAUCUCGGGCGUGACCCUCCGUCCUCCUGCUCUGCAGGCCCCGUUGGAGAUGACUUGUUCCACUGGCAAGCUACGAUCAUGGGACCAGGUGACAGUCCGUACACUGGCGGUGUCUUCUUCCUGAACAUCAACUUCCCCACCGACUACCCAUUCAAGCCCCCAAAAGUUAACUUCACCACUCGCAUCUACCACCCCAAUAUCAACUCCAACGGAAGCAUCUGCCUUGACAUCCUCAGAGACCAGUGGAGCCCUGCCCUCACCAUUUCGAAAGUUCUCCUCUCGAUCUGCUCGAUGCUGACUGAUCCCAACCCGGACGAUCCUCUGGUUCCCGAAAUCGCCCACGUUUACAAGACGGAUCGCCCGCGCUACGAGGCCACGGCCCGCGAAUGGACACGGAAGUACGCGAUUUGA